GAUUGCAAAAACGAAGAUGAACAAUUUUAGUUUAUGAAGCAAAUCGCAUCCCCGCCCUGAUUGAUCCGUUAAUUUGCCACCGUCUGGUCUGCGGCCUCUAAUCCCAAAAAUUAACAAAUGUAUAAUCCAAUAUUUAGUUCAAUUUAAUUUUAGGCAAAAUACACCUGUAUAGCCAUAACUUUCACACUUUUGACAAAUAUAGCCAUUUCUAUUCGAAAACCACAAAUAGCCAAUUCCGUCCAUUUUGGUAACGGCGUCAGUUGACGGUAUGACUGUACUAACGGAAGAUGUUGAUCUGGCGAUUUAUUGUCCCUGCUAACUGACGUGUAUUAACAAUAAAAAUUGAAAUAAAAAAAAAACAAAAAAAAUAUCUUCCCCUGAAUUGGGAUUUCUUCCACCGCCUCUUAUUCCCUCCUAAUUUGCCUCUGAUGCUUCCAAUCUUCUUCUCUUCCGCUGCCGCUUCAUCUCACCGGCCUCACCCCCCUCUUCCGCUCUCUCCGACCGCUAGCCGCCGUCGCCUACUUCCCUACCUUCAACGAAAAAGAAGAGAAGAAUACAGAUGCAGGGAUAUGGCCCAACGACACCGACGCGGCAGCCAUCGAACCCUUCUGAAUGAAUUUAGAUCUGCCAUCGAUUCCGAAUCAGAAAACUCAAGGCAACUGCUCUGAAUGAAUUUAGAUCUGCUAUCGAUUCCCCCUUGCAGCUGAUGUUGCUUCCUCGAGUUUCGCCCAAUCAGCAUCUAUGGAGGAUGGGUUCGGUGGUGAGAAACGAAAGGGAUUUUUUUCAAACCAGGAAGAAGAACCCGAUCUGGAACUGCGACGAAAUCGCAGUGAUUGCCACCAUGUAAUUCAACAUCUGCAGGUGAGGGAAUCCAAUGAUCUGGUUUCCAGAUCUAGUUUCUGAGCAGCUCAAUGAGUUCAAGUCCCUCCACCCGUAAUCCCAACUGACCGACAAGGAAAAUCCCCAGAUUCCCAAAUCAAGCCUGACUCCAGCUAUUGGCGACGACGAGGGGCGACGCCGUUUGACAACGACGACAAAGGUGAGAGGCUAUUUUUUAUCUUGUGUGUCAAUUUCUCUGGGGUUUUCAUUUGAUUCUGCUUUGACAAGUUGGAUCUGAGUUUUUCUUUGAUUUUCUGGGUUUAAUGGCGGACGAGGGAGGAAGAGAAGGUUGUGGCCGACUCGAGUCUUAACGUCGCCGCCUCCCUAGAAGGUGAUGCGAGCUAAUCGAAUCACCCAGUUCACGAUGAGUUACCUCUCUCUAUCUCUCUCUGCUUCAUUGUAAUAGUAGAUCUAGGAGAUCGAAAAUGCAGCCGGAACUACACCGUCGUGGCAGCUAGAGCUCUUGGAGCAAGUUUGGGGAGACGGAGUGAAGAUUGCGUCGGAAGGAUGAAGGGAUUUUGGGGAAAGGAAGGCUGGGUUUGUGGAUUUGGGAAGAUGGGAAAAGGCAAAUUUGGGAAAUCAAAAGAGGGAUCUCGAUCUGGGUUUUUUGGGAGGGAGAAUGCACAGGACAUAAAACAUAUAUAAAUUAAAUUUUUUUUGAAUUAUUUACGUGGCAUUCCACGUGUACGUAUUGCUGAUGUGUCAAUGAUGUGGAGGUCGGUUUUCGUCCUCGUCAGCGUUCCGUCAAUCGAUUUAACGGAGUCGCAGACGGUGUUAAAGUUUCUAACGGUUUUGGCUAGAUUUGUCACACUACCCUCCAUUUUUUGGGCUAUUUGUGGUUUUCGAAUAGAAAUGACUAUAUCUGUCAAAAGUGUGAAAGUUAUGGCUAUACAACUGUACUUUGCCUUAAUUUUAAUCCCAAAAACUACCAAAUAGUAUCUCGAGAAGUAAUCAUUAAUCCCGUUACAACGUCCCUUCCUCCCUACCUUCUUUCUCCUUCCCACUCUGUGCCAACUGUCGGUCACCGACGGCCGAGACCAUCAUCCACGCAUACUAAUCAACACCGAUCCACGUGUCCCUCUCCACCUCCUCCUCCCGCCGCCGCCGUCCUUCCCCGCCGGCGCAAUCACGGUGAGUCCAAACAAUUGAUUUCAAAUUCCUGGGCCAACAUCGCCUGCGAACUUGAGCUGUACAAUCUCUGCACCUGAAAAAAAAACCCGACCCGAUUCCCUCGUGCCCAUUCCUCAUCUUUCGCUUCCAUUUCCUCUCUCUCUCUUAUAUAUCCAUUUUCCCGAGGAAUUUUUUUUGUUUCAAUUUCUGCAAUUAACAACAACAAAUCUAGAAGCCUUCUGGUAUUUUUUUUUUCUUUUUCUUCCCUUUCUUUCUUUCCUCGGGCUAUCAAAAUUCUCCAUGUUUGAUAGCCUCCGUGUGCUUUCUCCUCGCUCGCCCUUUCGUCGGAUCCGCCAUUCCCUCCUCCUCCUUCUCUCUCUCUCACGCACAAGGUAAUUCCGAUUCCGCCGGCGAAGUUUUUUCCUAGGGUUUUGAUUCGGACAUAGCGGCAUUUCUUCCGAUUUUAUCUGUUUCAAUGCUUUGAAUGUUGGUUAUGGAGGUUUCUUGUUCUGAUUCAGUUACGGCUUCUUCGCUUUUUUUUUUUUUAGGUUUGAGGAGAAUUUUCUGAUCUUCGAAUGCUAAAGAAGGUGGAUUAGUGCGCGAUUCCGUCGACCGGAUUGCAGGUUGUCGAUUAGGGGAGGAAAUUCAUUCUUGUAGAGGAAAGCCGAGAGGGAAAUAGGGGAAAUCCCAAAAUUACCACAAUUUCUUUUUGUUGUUAAGUAUAAUAUAUAUGCAUUUCUUGAGCUUGUUCUAGAGAGAGGAAGGGAAAGAUUCCGCUUUUUGGGUUUUGGGAUAUGGAGAUGGAGGAUAAUAAUACAGGCAGAGAUUUCUACGUUGAUCUGGAAAGCGGGCCAAACAAUAAUAACACUGGCAGAGCAGGGGAACCUUCUUCUCCUCCUUCGCCCGGCAAUGGCGUGAGAUCGUUGUUCAACAAAGUAUACAGUGUUUUGGCAAAAGGGGAGGAAGAAGGGCAGAAGCUCUUGUGUGGGAAUGGAGGAGGAACGAAUUCGGAUGGCGAACAACAAGCGAAAUCGGAGGACAGCAACGAGACUACUGCUAGUAGUGGCAGUGAUCAUUCGGACGAGAAGCAGCAGCAACAGCAACGCAGGAAAAGCAGCAGCCCACAUAAGAAGUCACCAAAGCCACCGCGGCCACCACGAGGCCCCUCGCUGGACGCAGCUGAUCUCAAGCUCAUCAAGGAGAUCUCGGAGCUCGCCAUGUUGAAGCGCGCCAGGAUCGAGAGGAUUAAGGCUAUGAAGAAGGCCAAAGUAGCAAAGCAGUCCCCGGUUUCUUCGACGGGCAAUCUGUUUGCUAUGGUGUUCACUGUCCUGUUCUUCCUGGUCAUACUCUGUCAAGGAAUGUCGUCGAGGAUUAUACCGAUAGAUCUACAGACGGCCCCUGAACCAUCUAGAAUGAUGGACAACGAUCUUAUAUCGGUUCAGUACUUUGGGGUUCCCUCUGUAAAUGGCCCUGUCAGUCUGAGCUCUGGUUCUCACAACUCGGAUGUUAAUCCUCCGGAUUCAGCAAGACGACUCGGUUGAGUGUUUGAUCAGGCAGUUAUUAACAUACAGGAUUUAUGGUAGAGAUAAUAAACUUGCCAUUUUCUGCAAGUUGUCAACCUUUCCCCCAUUUCUUUUUUUGUUACUUCUCCGUACGAGGACUGUGAAAGAUUAGUAGAUUCCGGUGAAUUCACCGGGUUGAUGGACAAAGGAAAGAAGCAGGAAGAGGGUAAUGUAGAGAGUCUCAGAGCUAUACAUUUGAUGAAGAAGUGGCUGUGUUUGGCGACACAUUUGCAGCGGAAAGAUGGCAGGUUUGUUGCUGUGUAUGUGAGUGAGAGUGAGAUGAAUGGAAGUUGGUAGUUAUGUCAGCUGGGUUUUGGCCACACUAAUUUUCAAUAACAUAAUGUUAUCUUGUACAUACUAUCUUUCGAUUUGUAUGGUCAAUCUGCAAAAUAGGGUUUUGAACCAUUGAUGUCUUGGAGCAGAGAAGAUCAGGGAAGAAUGCAGACCAUCACGGUGGACCGUUCAAGUGGUUCGAGUUCGGCGAAUGUGUUUAUGUCGUCGACGUUGUACAAUGAGCAUCAAAGUUCCUCAUCUGUUUGUAUUCUGUCACAUCCUAAUCUGUUUGGGUAUGAACCAUUUCUUGUAACUGGAAGUUACAAGAUAGGAGCCCUAAUCUACUGUUGAAGUUGAAGUUGACUUCCAUUAUAUUUCUCAGGUGAGGGCAGGGGAGCAAAUCUUACCUGGCCAGCGGUGUAGUCUUUUAAUGGGACUGCAUAAUUCAUGUUGAUUGAGCACGUGCAUUUACAUGUUAUCUUUUUGCAUGCAGCUUUUGUUUAGGAUUAGCACACCGUUCUAUCAGUAAUAUGAGCUCAGACGCAAUAACUUCUAUCUUUCUACCGAACAAAAUUAUUAGUCUAUAGCAGGGGAAAGUUCAAAAUUAUUAGUCUAACAGGGGGAAUUCAAAUUUCUGUCCAAUCUGUUAGCAACCAUCAUCAGGCGCCUUAAUAAAACUCAACGAGAUGCUAACUUCACGCUCACUCAUCUACUUGGAUCGCUCACAUCUUUUUCUAUGGUUGAAGAAAAGAAUGGAACCCCAGAGUAGAAUAUGUAACCAUGUGCAUUACUUUGAUUUCUCAGAACUUAUUGGGUCGAUUUCUUGUUUUUUUAAUGACUAGCAGUUUUGUGUAAGACAUGGGAAGGGAUUCAAAACAAACAAGGUCGGGUAUAACCCACAAGUCGUCACCAUCAGUGGUGGAAUUGUUGCUGAAGCACUUUUAUGCUAGUAUUUCAUAUGUCUCAUUCGAUCUAGAGAAGGAAUCUAGAUAGCCAUCAACCUUAUGGCUGAGAUUACCUAGACUUUAGAUGCCUCAGUUGGUAUUCUAGUGGGCUUUUUAUUUGCCUUUUGCCGGGUUGGAACAUGGCUGUCUGCCAGGGUUGAUCUCUUGUUGUAAACGAUUUGGCUUUCCUAAGAAGAAACGUUAAUUGAAGACGUUUGUCAUUUUGGAGCGGGAAGUGCUGGAGAAGUUUUAGCUGGUAUUGAGUGGUACUUCCACUAUUCUGUAUGCCUUUCAAGGCUAUAAGCCGCCCAUCCCCCCGCGAACUCUCCCCCUCUCCUUUCAGUCGAGCAUAUUGAUAACUUCUCCUUACAGAGCAAGCAAGUCUUAGGGAUGAGACGCCCGCGCAAGGACCUCAAUUCUCAUUGGGAGGUCGAACCAAGGACCUAUGGAAGUCGGGGCUACCCCAUCCCCAUGGGCAACGCAAUAGUGAUGGAUCAAAUAGAGAGUUGUCUCAUUAAUAGAUAGAAAUAGGCUACGCACCUUUGAUAGAUUACCUCUCUAUCCAUUCCUACUCUUCUAUCAGGACGGAAAAGCAGGCUUCUAUCAAUCGAUUUGAAAAUAGCACGUUCAUAUCGUCGCUUUUCGCCACGCCAACAUAGCCAUCAUAAUAAGAAGCAGAUAGAAGC